ACUGCCUUGAGCCAGAAUGCGCUUCCACGUGCGGGACUGUCCUGCACAUCACAACGUGCGCUGCCUCCAGAGUGAAUCAUCAUCAUUGAGGGAUCCCGAAGCGAGAACGAUUGGAAGCUACCUGAGGUAAGGGAAGGGAAAGGACAGGAAAGGUACGGGUAGUUCUUCUAUCUACAGUACAGCCCGUCCAGUAUCGAGCAGGUCGGGCUAUCGCAGUCGCACAAGACCUGCACCACAUUCAGCUUCCGGACGAUACACUGGCCCUGCCUCCAAGGCGGAUGGUGUGCAGCAACAGAUGAGCGCUGGACGUCAGUAAAGGAACGACGCCCUCCCAGUCGAACGACGACCCCGUCCAUCUUCCCCCCGUCGAAACACCCGGAUCUUCGCGUGGAUAGGAAGGACGACGUCGGUUCGACCACUCGAACGAGAGCGCUGCCUAGAGGCUCGAGUCGACGACACGCUCUUGGUGGACUGGCCAUAGUCCUAUGCGCCGCUCUCGCCUGCAAUCCUACCUUACCGCAAGGCCGGCGCUGAUGCGACGUCGCCGUCAUGGAUCUCUCAGGCUUCGAUCCGUCGACCAUGACCUAUCUGGCCACGCAGAUGCAGCAACCGAACCCCGUCGGACAGGACCCCUACCAGGAGAUGCUGUUGCCGGCAGAGUACAAUACCAACCACUCCACCUAUGGAGGUUAUGCCGGAAGCGACGACCUCAACCUCCUCGCCUUACACCAACAACAACAACAACAGACCACCCCGCUUCCUCUCAAACGCUUCGCUGGCGCAUACGAAGACCCCUUCUCAGACGUCGUCAGUGCCUUCGAUGCGCCGACGCAGGACUCGCAUGAACCCGAAGCCCCAUUGAGCGAUCCGAACAAUAAACUCCUCGGCUUCUCCUUGCCCACCUUCGACUACACCCUGCUCGAUUACACAUAUCGCCGAACGACCAUCUCCCUGGCAGCACAGCUCCAUGGCAUGUUCUUUUUGGCAGAAUCGCCCUGGGCCUCUGCCGGCGAUGCCAAUCCACCACCUUCCGAGCUCACUUGCUACCGAAGGAAUCUCUUUCAGAUCACCGGAGAGAUUACACUCCCGCGAACGUUGCGCUAUAUCUUGACCGAGCAAGGAGAGCAAAUACCCAUCAUUGGUCAAGAGCUAGUAAUCAGUGCCAAUGAGUCUACAGAAGGGAACUCUGUCAAGGUCAUAUCGGUCCCCUGGAAGACGCCUGCGGGCCCUUCCUCGUCAGUGCCGGAGGAUAAGACGGAGCGUGAGCCGCCAUCCAUACCUCUGGAUCUCAUGAACGUGCAGGACUUGAACACAGACUAUGCCAGUUCCCCAUUCCAGUGGAAACGGCUGCAGUUCAGGAUUGCAACAGCAAACAACGGAAGGCGCAAAGAGCUGCAACAACACUUUGUAGUGCGACUCAAGGUCCUGGCUACUUUGGCGACUGGCGGCAAGAUACCCAUUUGCGAAGUGCAGUCGAGUGCUAUCAUUGUGCGUGGUCGAAGUCCACGGAACUUUCAGUCUCGCAAAGAUCUGCCCCUCAGCGGGAAUGGUCAUAUGCGCAAGACGUCCAACGUAACACGUGCGGCGACUGUUCACGGCGGGGAGAAACUGAGAAGUGAAGCACCAACAUCGGCGCCCGUGAAAACGGAGGCUCCAGCCCCUGCCAUGUCCAUGUACUCGUACGAUGCUCACGAAGGCGUGCUGUCACACGAACCAUAUCAAUGGCAACAGCAAGCGAAUGCUGGGGCGCGUGAUCCAUCAGCAAUGGCGCCUCCCCGAACACUACCUCAGGACCUAGGACAUGCCCAUCCGGCAACUUCUCCUGGACUGCAGCCACCGACGAAGGCUGCAAGACCACCACCUGCGCCAAUCAAUCUUUCCCUUGUAGAAGAUGACUCUCCGAAGCCAGGAAGCAGUCAAACCCCUCCUGAUUCAGCACAGAAAGCCAAAAGGUUGCACAUUCCCGCUCGGCCGCCUUCUUUUUCAAUCAACACUAUCAACAGUCCCGACGAGAGUGCCGAUCUUCUGUACGAGUACUUCCCGCUGAGUCUCGACGACUGGAUGCCGCCCGUGGACGCAGUCUAUCGGCCUCACGUGGUGCAUCAUAUCAAGCUGAGGUCUGAUCCGAGAGACCCCAGUACCUCGCAUAGCGCUAGAUCGAAAAGUAAGCGCAUGUAUGUACCCGACGACGACUGAAGGUCUCGAAGCCAACGAGUGCUACAUCAUGAGAGCAUUCUGAGCUCCUCGAACGCUAUUUGCGGUUCAUAGCUGUGACGAUGCCGAAUUUGCCGGAAAGCUCGGCUCCCGGCAUUGCAUCUCAAGGCAUUACAUCCAACAAUCGACCACUUUUCGCAUGGAUAGCAAGCACUAUGCGGUCUUCAGUCUCUUGGCUUGCUGCAAUCUCCGAGCUCUCGUUUUUCCAAGAUACUGCGUUGAGAUAUGCAAUCGCCCCUUGAACAGAGUGCCAGGUGGACAAUUCCAGAGAUGCGCCGGGCACAGUCUAACAGAGUAUACACUGUCUUUCAGGUACCUACAGAUUCUCACGGUAUGUCGAAUCACGACGACUGCCCUUUCACGACCUUCAGUAGUCUGACAGGCCUUUCCCAGGCAUCGAGAAUGGUGUCAUCGCCCACAUGUCUCCGAUUCAAGACGAUCGAUGCGAACCGAUUUCCAAGGAACAAAAGAAAGAUCUAUGCAUUUCCUCGGCCUAUCCGGGGCGAUUUUUUUUUAUUUAGCUGCCUUGAUUCUUCUCCAGAUUUGAGAAGCUUGAGCUAUGUACGUACGACAGAACAUCCUCGCUAGGUAGGUAGGUAGCUAGCUAGACCUACCUUUACGGCUUUACCUGGCUGGGUACUUUAGCUUAGUGUUAGC